AUGACGGAGCCGCGCCAGUGGCGCAACAAGGCCCUGCUGCGCGUCCACGGCGAGGAGCUCUUCUUCAAGACGGGCACGCAGGCCGUGAACCUGCUCGUCAACGAGUCGAAGCGGCGCGACGGGAACAAGGGCGUCUACCUCGACCAGUUCGGGUGCUUCAUGCAGUCGCUCGCGCCCGUCUUCGAUCGGAGCCCGCGCUACGCGUGGAUCGCGAAGAUCCUCCUCGAGCCGGAGCGCUUCAUCUCCUUCCGCGUGUCCUACAUCGACGACAGCGGCAACACGCGCACGAACCGGGGCUUCCGCGUCCAGUACUCCGACGUUGAAUCACUCGUUUCCCGCCCAGGCCUCCACUUCGGCGCGCACGUCGACGCGGACCUCGUCAAGUCCAUGGCCUUCGACGGCAACUUCGGCAACGCGCUCACGGGCGCGCGGCUCGGCGGCGCCGCCGGCGGGUCCAACUUCGAGCCGCGCCUCGCGUCGGAGUCCGAGAUCCAGCGCUUCUGCCAGUCGUUCAUGACGGAGCUCUCCAAGUACGUCGGGCCGGACCGCGACCUGCCGUCCAUGGGCGUCAACGUCGGCGCGGCGGAGGUGGGCUACCUCUACGGCCAGUACAAGCGCACGACGGAGCACUACGCGCGCCACGGCCGGGGCAUCUUGUGGGGCGGCGCGCUGCCGCACCCCGAGGUCUUCGGCUACUCGGCCGUCCACUUCGCGAAGCACCUGGUCGAGUCGCGCGGCGAGUCCCUCGCGGGCAAGCGCUGCCUCAUCACGGGCUCCGGCAAGGUGGCGUUGGCCGUCGCCGAGCGGCUCCUGGCGCUGGGCGCGGUGCCCCUGACGUUCUCCGACACGUCCGGCCACAUCUACGAGCCCGACGGCAUCGCGGCGACGAAAUUCGAGCAGAUCUCGACGAUCAAGGCGGAGCGCGGCGCCCGCGUCGGCCGCUACAUCAUCGCGUCGACGACGGCCAAGUUCAACGAGCCCGAGGACAUCUACUCGAUCCCCUGCGACAUCGUCUUCCCGACGAUCCGCGGCGAGAUCGACGCGGACGUCGCCGCGCGCCUCGCGGACAACGGCUGCGCCGCCGUCGUCGACGCGGGCUACGCGCCCUCGACGCCGAGCGCCAUCCGCGCCUACAAGAAGCUCGGCAUGGCCUACGGGCCCUUCAAGGCGUCGCUCGCCGCGGGCACGGCCAUCGCGUCGACGUCGUCGGAGCGCGUCAUCUACAAGGAGGCCGUCAUCGACGCCGUCGACGAGGAGGCGAAGCGCAUCUUCGAGGAGGCGAAGCGCACGGCCAACGAGUACAACGUCCGCGGCGACCUCCACCAGGGCACGAACAUCGCCUCCUUCCUCCGCGUCGCCAACGUCAUGGCCGCCCACGGCGCCAUCUGA